AUGUCUAAUGAAGUGCAACCCGGCGGCGUUCUUUCGCCCAGCGAAGACGACCCACGCCCAACAGAUGAUGCUGGUUCCCGUUCCAAGACCGAAACCCGCAGCCCCAGGGCUGUAAAGUAUAUCAAAGGCACUGUUCUAGGGCGCGGAGGCUAUGGAACCGUCUACAAGGUCCGGCGUGUGAGUGACGGUAUGAUCUUUGCGGGCAAGGCCUCCAAGUCGCUACGGGGUCUAGAGCACGAGGCCAACGCCCUGCGAUCUCUCAACCACGAAAACAUCUUGAGGCUCGUCGAGCUGUACAGGGAUCCCGAAAAUCCGUCUGCCGCGAUCCUCAUAACCGAAUGGUGUCCGUAUGGGACCCUCCAGGAGCGCAUCGACCAGGCGACGCCCAACAUGGACAAGUCUGAGAUCAAGCAGGUCAUGAUCCAGAUCUCGGACGCCCUGACCUACCUGCACGACGAAAAGAGACUAUAUCAUCGGGACGUCAAGCCGCGAAACAUCCUCAUCCGCGGCCUACAUCCCUUCUCUGUCAUCCUCGCCGACUGCGGGGACGUGCGCCGGCUCGAAAGCAAGGGCUCUCUCCGCGGCACGCCGCAAUACUACUCCCCGGAGAUCUUGCAGUACAAGCGCCACUACGGCAGCGGGGACGACGUCUGGGCCUUGGGCGUCACGCUGGCGGGCAUGCUGCGGCAGUGCCCGCAGUUCCGCCUGUCGGAUAAGAUCGUCACAAACAACAACGACGACGCCGCUGAGGAGCUGCGCAAGUGGCCGCACCGCUUGCAGAAUCAUGUGCAGCAGCUUCUGGCGCUGAACCCGCGACACUGGCUUGUGCGCACCAUGGCCGAGAUGUUGGCUUGGGAAGUGGACGAGAGGAUAUCGGCUGCAGCUUGCGCGGAGGCAUUCCGGGUCCUGAACGAAGAGAGCAUGGGUGAACCUGGUAAGCCUUGGGACUUUGGCAUCGCAUCGCCCGAGGGCUUCAAGCCGAUUUCCUUUUGGUGA